UAGUUGUUUUAAAAUUCAAAAUAUAACAUAUAAGAAAAAAUCUAAUUUUUUAUUAUAUGGUUAAUGUGAUUGUUUAAUAUAUUUUAAUAAUAUAAAUUUAAAAAAGAGGUAAGAUAAAAAAAAUUAUUAUCAAAUAUUUUUUAUUCAUAAUUAUUAAUUAUCAUAUAUACGUUAAUCAUAUUAGGUAAUUCUAUAGCUUUUAUUUAAGAAAAGUGCGAGAAUAUACUUUUGUACACUAAUAAUCAAUUUGAUUGUUAGUUUAAUAAAAAGUAUAAUAUAUUUAAAGAUGGACUAACCUAUUCUUCUAAGAAUUCUAAAUUUCAUUCAUAUGGUGACAUGUGGCUACAAAAAAAAUGAUUUAAUGUUUCUCCAUUAAUAUAUAAGUGAUAUUAUUUGACAAUAGGAAGAUACAAAACUGUUAUAGGUGGGCACUUAAAAUUAUUAGCUGGAUAAACCUUUUCAUGUUCAGCUAAGAAUAAUAAUAUUAGUUGUCUGGAUUAUUGUAUUUAAAUUAUUUUAUGUAUUAGGCUAAACAUAAUAUUAGCUUCCUAAUAAUUUGCAACAACAUAUAAUUUAAAGAAUAUUUAGCCGGAUAAGAAUUUGUAAGUAAAACUAAUUAUUUUAUUAGCUGUCAUUUGAAAUGGUACAAAUUUAAAAAACAUUUUUAUAUGUUACUAUAUAUGUAAACAAUCUAACAAUGUCACAAAUAUGCUAACAAUCCCACAAUACUAUUCACAGAUACAUGAACAUCUAAAUGGUUAGAUGUUAUUAAUAUUUCUAAUAGUUUGUAAUAACAUAAUUAUCCAGCGUUAAGGAAAAAAUAUUUUUGAAAUAGAAUUACUACGGUGGAACCAACGGUUGAAGUAUUAAAUGUUCAAUUAAAAUGAAAUAAAGUUUGCAUAGAAAUAUAAUUAUUAUUAUUCACAAAAUAUGGAAAGCAUUAAUUACCAUAAAUAUAGGAAAUAUUUGGUUGUUUGUUUAAAUCAAUAAUAUAUGUUAAAAUUAAAUGCAAGUGGCAUGCCAUUGGAAAUAAAUUGAAAAAGCAAGGAUUGAAUACUAUUACGGAUUAUGCUUUAAUAGUAUAGAUUAAAGCAAAAUCCCUAUUAGGAUUAUCCCUUAAUUUUUCCAUAUAAUUACAAUGUCAUGCCACUGGAUUUUUUAAAAAUAAAAUAAAUAAAUAAAAGAGAAAUUGCUAUGGCCAAAUAAUUUAAUUCGAGAUACACAUUAUUGCUAUAUCCGAUUUGUUAAGAUGCUAUAUACAUUAACUAACUAAAUCUUUUUAUUAUUCUAUAGAUAUCUUCUCACUGUUAUUAGACCAAGCCAAAACAUUAGAGGUGGAUGUUCGGGUAUCCAUUCGAAUUUAAUCAGGAUCUAUUUGGGUAUUGGGUUUUACGGGGUUAAAGAUUUCAAUUUUAUUAGGAUAUUUACAAAUUUUGGGCUUUUGAUGUUUGCAAGUUCAAGUAACCCAUUUAAAUUAUUUUAAAAAAUUAAAAUUCAUAUAUACUUUAAUUUUUUCAAAAUAUAAAAAUAAUAUAAUAUAUUACAUAUAAGUUUGAAUAAUAUAUGCUAAAAUACAUAUAACUUAACAUUUAAAUUGGUUUGGUAAGAAUAUUUGAAUAGGAAGUCAAUAGAUAUUUCAAAUAUUUUUAGUGUUUUGAGUAUUGUUUAGCUAUUUUAGAUAUUUAAUUUUGGAAAAUUUCAAAAUAUCAUAUAUAUUUUGGAUACUUUUUAAUAUAUUAAAUCUAAAAAUGAUCAAUAUAUUUAAGUAUAUAAAUCUAUUUUGGAUACAUUCGGGUACCCGAAAUACUUCAGUUUGGAUCAGGUUUGUUUUCGGUUCUCUAGAUACACAUUUUUUUUAACUCAUUCGGAUAUUUAACCAAUUUUGUUUUGGUACUAAUUUUUCGGAUCGGAUUCGAUUGUAUUCUUCAAAUUCGAGUUUCAUUUGUCCAGCCCUAACCAAAAUAGUCAAACUGAAAUCAAAUCUAAAUUCAUAAAUAGCCGAACGAUACCUAUAUUUUGGAUUGAAAAACCACAAAAUUAACUACAACUAAACAAAAAAGUAACAAAUAUAAUUAAACCAAAAAUAUUUCCGAGCUUUUAAAGCGCGAUUCAAAAUCUAGUUAUACUUUAUUACUAUUACUAGGUAGUAAUCCGCGCUUUGCGCAUGAUGAGAUUAUUAAAAAAAAUUUAAGAUAAAAAAUAUUAGUUAUGUUUAAUCUGGUUAUCUGUUCGGUUUUACAUUUUUCCAGUUUUUAGUUCCUAAAAUAUAAUUACCAUUCUAAAUUCAUAUUUAUUUUGUUUUGUUCGGUUAAGUUUUUCAUUUUUUUGGUGAUUAAACCAAAAUUAUUAUUAUUUGUUUGGUUUCAUGUUACAUGCAUUUUAGACUGUUUUGAUGUCGAACCAAUGGUUUCAUUUUACAAUCUUUUAAACGAAUGCAAAUCUAUAUUAUAAUAGUUGAGGAAAAAUAACAUCUAAUAUUAUUUGUGUUGUUUGUAUAAACAAUGUUGGUGACAUUUUAAAAUUAUAUAUUUUAUAUAAGAUAAUCCAAUAUUAUUUGUGUUGUUUGAACUUUCAUAUAUGCUAAACAUAAUAUAAAAAGUUCUAUAUUUAUACUCAUAGAAAUUUGUUUUUAGUAAGUUUAAUAAUAUAAAUUUUAUUAAUAGUAGUUUUUAUAUAAUUUAUAUUUAAUAGUUAUUUUUAUUUUAUUUAAUUUUUUAUUCCCUAAAUCUAAUAUAAUUUAUACAGUAAAACAAUUUGAUUUUUUAAUGGAUAUUGAGAUUUCUAUCUUUUUAUUUCUAUGUUAUUGUUUUAAAAAAAAAGAUAUUAAGAAAAUACACAAACUAAUUUUAAUAAAAUGGGUUGUUGUAGGUUUCAAAUCCAGCAUACAUUAAUUAAAAAAUGGACAGUGUAUUAAUGAAUCAUUGAGUGAAAAGUUGAUGAGAAUUUUGGAACAGCCUUGGGAAAGAAAUGAAUCAAACUGAUUCAUCAGAUCUUUUUUGACAGAAGCGUUAAUCUUAACACACUGCAAAAUAUAAAAAGAAAUUUGAAACUUAGACUCUAAACUUAAGCAUACAAAUUUUUUGUAAAAGUCAUAAAAAUAAGUACGUUUUGCGUGUGAAAGUUGAGGAAUGGAGAGUUAAGCGAUGAGACACUGAAGAAUGGAUGAGAUAUCGUCAACUACCUCCAGAGCUUCAAGAACAUGUCUGUAGAUUCGUUCAAUACAUAUGGCUUGCAUCCAGAGGUGUAGAUGAAGAAUCCGUCUUUACCUACAGAUUUACGCCAAGAGAUCCAACACAAUCUCUGUCUUUACCUACAGAUUUAUGCUGAGAGAUCCAACGCCAUUUCUGUCUCGCUCUUGUCUGACGAGAACAUACAUCAACUAUCUUCUCACAAGAUUUGAUUGUUUUUCAUUUUAUAAAAUCACAAUGUUUUCCUAAGUACAUGUUUUGUUCUUCUCUCAAAUGAAUGACCAACUUCUUGGCGCUAUAUGCGGAUGCCUUGUCUCAUUUUUAAGCACGGCAUGGACCUACUUAUUCUGCGAAAGUGAUCCGGUGGAUGAGAUGCUCAAGUUUCUCUGCUCCGCUUUUCACCUUCAAGAUGAAAAGUUUUUUUGUUUUACUAUUUUUUAAACUUUCUAAGAUGCUCAAGUUUCAAGAUGAAAAGUUAUUUUUGCUUUACUCUUGACAAUUAUCGGCAUGAGCUGAAUCACAAAAACCGUGUAUGUGAUUAAUUGAAUCAAAAUAGGAAAGUUUUUGUCGCCAUUUUGUUAAGAGCUCUAUCAAGCCGACAUGUCGUCAGCGUCGUGAUUUUCAAAUGACUAUGAAAAUGUCAUGUGACCAAGAUAAUGUGAACUCAUUAAAAUUAAUGUUUCUUUUUUAAUAUACGGGGAUAUUUAAGAAUAAAAGUAUAGAACAUUGGACUUCAUUUUGAAUGUACGGAUAAUAGUGGAAAACACAGACGCGGCUAACCGAGAGGGCAAAGAGCCACUUCUUUCGUUAAAUAUUUGACUUUGGAGUCCAAACACACAUUCCAAGGAACAUUUAUUACUGGAUUUGUUAACCUAAAUUGUUUGUAUAUUUUAUGCGAAGGUUCUUGUAUACUCUUUACCGUCGUUAUAUUGUUGCACUAAUAGGUUCUUUUGGUAAUAGCAUGGGACAAAUCUCAGACCAAAAACCCACCGCUUAAUGAAAGAUCCUUUUAGCUGGGCACAGAACAAAUAAGACAAUAAAAGUGACUGUAGACAACGCACUACUAGUCAAAACACAACUGCUUGAAUACAAACAAAAGUGCAAAGACAUCAAACUUUAUCUUUCUUCCUUUCGACAGCUAUAAAACUUUAUCUGAACAGCACUUUAUCUUUACGUAACUAUCCCGUUCUACCGCACAUAUACAGUAUAUUCUGGUCUCUCGGUGGACUUAAUUGACUUAUAUAUGGGGGGCAGCCACUGUCCCCUGCCCAUACCUAAUCACUACUCUGUUCUUCACGCUGAUCAAAUCUACAUCUUCUGUUUCCAUCACUUUCUCUUUUAUGUACUAAAUCAGAGAAACGAUGAAUAAUACGAGAUCGGCUAGUCCUUCAGUUUCUCCAGCAACUCCAGAUCUAUUAGACAACCAUCGUCAAUCGAGUUGUGGAGAGUUCUCACGAUUAGAGAAACGAAUGGGACCGAGGAACAUGACGUUUCACUCCAAGUCUAUGCCUAGAGGAUCCAUGUUUCUUGACCAAGAAGCUUUUAGGAGCUCCCACGACAAGAGGUAUGACCUAUUCAGGACCAUGUCAGGGAAGCUCGAACGUCAGAUAUCGAAUUUACGUGGGAAACCCAUUGACAGCUCGUUGCAGGAGGAGGAUAAAGAGAUCACUGAAUCUCUAACCGCUGAUAGAUUCUUUGAAGCUCUUCAAGGUCCUGAACUUGAAACUCUCAAGGAGAAGGAGAAGAUAGUUUUGCCUGAGGACAAAACGUGGCCGUUUCUUCUACGCUUUCCAAUCACAUCGUACGGGAUGUGCCUUGGUGUAAGUAGUCAAGCGAUCAUGUGGAAGACCUUAGCAACCACAAACGCUGAGAGAUUCUUGCACUUGACGCAAGUGGUCAACCACGUGCUUUGGUGGAUUUCUCUCGUCCUCCUCCUCGCCGUCUCCAUUACUUACCUCUUCAAAACCAUCUUCUUCUUCCAGGCGGUUCGCAGAGAGUUCAAGCAUCCAAUCAGAGUCAACUUCUUCUUCGCUCCUCUCAUAUCAGUCCUCUUCAUAGCACUUGGAAUCCCACAUUCUAUCACCUCGAAUCUUCCCUCUAUGCUUUGGUACUUCUUGAUGGCUCCGGUCUUAUUUCUUGAAAUGAAGAUUUACGGACAGUGGAUGUCUGGUGGACAAAGACGCCUCUCCAAAGUUGCUAAUCCUACGAAUCACCUUGCCAUUAUUGGAAACUUCGCCGGAGCACUUCUUGGAGCAUCGAUGGGGUUGGAAGAAGGACCGAUGUUCUUCUUUGCCGUUGGUUUGGCUUAUUAUUUGGUCUUGUUUGUGACUCUCUAUCAGAGACUUCCCACCAACGAAACAUUACCUAAAGAGCUCCACCCUGUCUUUUUCCUCUUUGUUGCUGCACCGGCUGUCGCUUCCAUGGCUUGGACACAGCUUUGUGGCUCUUUCGAUCUUGGUUCCCGCUUUUACUACUUCAUUUCCUUGUUCUUGUACUUCUCUCUGGUUGUGCGGAUCAACUUUUUCCGUGGAUUCAAAUUCUCGCUAGCUUGGUGGGCUUACACGUUUCCUAUGACGGCUGUGGCCACUGCGACGAUAAAAUACUCAGGGGAAGUCACCGGAGUAGCAACUCAGGUCUUGUCGAUUGUGAUGUCUGGAGCAGCAACUCUGAUGGUGAUAGGUGUCCUUGUAUUGACGGUGGUGCACGCUUUUGUGAAAUGUGAUCUCUUCCCUAAUGACGUUGCCAUUGCAAUAAGUGCUGAGCAACCGAAGCAGAAGAAAUGGUUCAAGCAGCUCAAAAAUGGAAGUUUUGGACUUAAGGUUUCGGACAAAGAAGAUAAUCAAAUAGAUGUGGAAGCCCCUCCUUUAUUAAAUGCACACACGGUUUAGUUAACCAUAUCAUCUAGCUUAGCGGUAGAAAACAAAAUAUAAUAAAGCAGAAGGCAGCAACUAAGAAAAACUCUCUAGGGAGGGAGGAUACUGGAUUACUGGUUGCAACUCCUCAAAUUUAGGCACGAGUGUUUUACAACUACUAUUUUUGUCACGUCUUUGACAUGAGUAUAAGAAAACACCACUACAGCCGCUAGAUCUAUUUCCUCAAACUCAAUCCCUUGCUUAAAAACUAAUGUUAUCAUCAGAGGUAGACGAAUCCAUGUUCUUAUUCAUCUCGUUUGUAUUUUUAUUUACAUAUCAUCAGUUUGUGGUAUCUUUGUAACUAA